GGGGUGUUAGUGGGUGUUAGCGUAUUUUAGUAAUACCCGUCCCCUAUUAGAAGUACCUUUUGGCGAAAUUUUUUUGAAAAUUCCCCUAUAGGUAGGUAUAAGGCAUGCACCAAUACCAAUCAUUAUUGAAGAUAUUGUACAAUAUUAUUGGCUAUCCAAUAAUAUUGUGUCCCAAUGUUAUUGUAUAUAG